AUGGGUCAAGCACUUGGUUGCGUUCAAGUGGAUCAGUCUACUGUUGCAGUGAAGGAACGUUUUGGCAGAUUUGAUGAUGUGCUCGAGCCUGGGUGUCAUUGCUUGCCUUGGUGUCUGGGGUACCAAUUGGCAGGUUCACUAUCAUUGCGUGUACAACAGCUUGAUGUCCGUUGCGAAACCAAAACUAAGGACAAUGUGUUUGUGACUGUGGUUGCUUCAAUUCAGUAUCGAGCCUUGUCUGAAAAAGCAGCUGAUGCAUUCUAUAAGCUUUCCAACACAAAGGCACAGAUCCAGGCAUAUGUUUUUGAUGUCAUAAGAGCAAGUGUCCCAAGAUUGGAUCUGGAUUCUACUUUCGAACAGAAGAAUGACAUAGCCAAGGCUGUUGAGAACGAACUCGAAAAGGCCAUGUCUGCCUAUGGAUUUGAGAUAGUGCAGACGCUGAUUGUGGACAUUGAACCAGAUGCACAGGUGAAGAGAGCCAUGAAUGAGAUAAAUUCAGCUGCUAGGCUCAGGCUUGCUGCUAACGAGAAGGCCGAAGCUGACAAAAUACUGCAGAUCAAGAGAGCUGAGGGAGAAGCCGAGUCUAAAUACUUGUCGGGGCUUGGUAUUGCUAGGCAGCGCCAGGCCAUUGUAGAUGGCCUCAGGGACAGUGUGCUCGCCUUCUCAGCAAAUGUGCCUGGAACAACCUCUAAAGACGUCAUGGACAUGGUUCUUGUCACGCAGUAUUUUGAUACAAUGAAGGAAAUUGGAGCAUCGUCAAAGUCCUCUGCCGUGUUCAUCCCACACGGACCUGGUGCUGUCAAAGAUAUUGCUGCACAGAUUCGGGAGGGUCUUCUUCAGGCUGAAAGUGUCAACCAGUAG